UUCAAGGUAGGCGCUGACACGGAACUGCUGUACAGGCAAACAGGUAUUCAUGGCCAAAUAAUUCAAGCCUGGUUGCACGCGAUGGGUUGUAGUGGAAGCAGCAUAACCGCCACUGUCGCCACAACAAACACCAACACUGAUGGUGGCUACAAUGGCCAAACGGCAUUGACUUGCUCGACCAAUGGUCAACGGCAGGAUAGGACACAAGAACACUGUCAAACCAAUGGCGUUCUGUAUCCAAAUGUAGCGCAUAGUCCUCAGUGCUAUGGUGCGCACCAGAACCAGAUUCUUCAACCCAUGGUGAAUGGAGUGCCAAGUGAGCUGACGACAGUCGAAGACGACAAGGAGAAGGAACAGGAAAAGUUUUUGAAGCUUCCGUCAUAUUCCCGCAGGCAGAUAAGUCAUCACAACAGUGAACAGGGAUGGGUGGAGUGGGGAGUGUUUGGUAAAAGAAUCUGCGACUGCAGCAAGAUCAGGUACAAUACGAGCUUCCUGAACAUGAUUCUUCAAAGGAAGAUGGAACACUACCCUUCUCUUUAUCUUGACUUUGGGGACGAGGACACAUGGAAGAAAAAUGCUCCCCUGCUGAUGGACAUUGUUGGAUUCAGCAAGGCUGAAAUACACGCGGCACUGUCGCCGUAUGUGAUGGGGAGGGUGGAGGAAAUACAACUGUCGGAGUUCUGGAGUGACAUCAGGGAAGAUGUAGCAGGACUCGAGCAGGAGUUGAGUCGAGCUGAGGACAUAUCUCCUUACCAACAAGAGCUGCUGGAACAGGUGCAGAGAUGGUUAGCGGCGUACCGACAUGUCGACCCCGAAGAGCCUUGCCACCGACAAGGUGACCCUAAUGGACUUCCGUUUCCCUUGCCUGAAGAUAUUGCUCAGAAACCCGAGGUUUUAAGGAUGUGGAUUAUAGAGUGGGAACAGUUUGAUACAGCAGACGCAGAACUCCCCCUAGCGGAACUGACGGAAUUGUCAGAUAAAACGGAUGACAAGGAGACUCAUGGGACGUUUGCUUUAACACUACGCCCAUAUGACAUCACGGAAGAUUUGAAUUUUGACGAUCCUCAAUGGGAGACGUUGCCAAGUGACGUCAUUGCUAAUGACGUCACAAAACCGUGUCAGGAUGAAAUAAAUCAACAAAGAGAUAAAAGAGUGGACUUACAUGACACGACGCGAAUGGGUAGCAGGAGAAGAAAGUUGGCGCAAUAUUUUAUCGUGAAGUAUGAGUGGCAGGCGGAAAAACUCUCGUCAUAUCUGCAGUGGGCAGAUGUAAUGAAAGAAGGUGAACUGAGGUUUGCCGCACUGUGUGAACAGUCUUGAUAGCUUACCUGUUAAAAACAGUAAUAUCCCCGGAGCCCCUUAUCUGAAGAAAACACGUUUACUUACUAAUAUGACUGUACCAAUAUCUCCAGACAAACAAUUAACGUUCAACAGACGGGGUACCAAUAUCACAAGACAAACAACCUUCUACAGAUUACACCAUCAAACCCACGGCGUCGUAAAUCCAACUGUGGCUUAUAGUGCUCAGUGCUAAAGUGAAACUCGGUACAUUCAGAUUGUACAGGACCAGGUAUUCCUUGCGUAUGUCGGCAAAAUGUGUGAAGCCAGAUUUGUGUAUGUAUAUAGAUCUCCGCCUUGAUACUGGAGGAGUAUUGUAAGACCGUCUAAUAGUCUACAUAUCUGUGUAAUCCUAUAGUCGUAGGUAGAUCCCGUACCAUGCAAACGUAAUUCUCGUUCAACUUUCAUAAUUCAAUUCUUAUGAAAAAGUGUGCAUUAAGACAACCUCAACAUCCUGGGGGUUAAAUGAUUCUCGCUCACGGAUAACUGCUUGUACCCAGCUGGCUACCAAGUGUUGAUACGUCAGAUAACAUCAGGUUAAUGUACAGAUAUAGCAACCUGUCCCCGUCUGUGGUGCGCCAUUAACACAUGCAGAGCCAGCUGGUACUGUCUCACACGCCCAGUCACGAACAGUCGUAAAGUGAAAUAUUGUUGAAUUACGUUGGCACAGUGGGUCAUACUUACAGCAGAAAUUACAACAGACGAUACGCUGAUGUUAUGAGUGAGGUGUUAGCCAAGUCAAAAUAAACACAUGUUUAUAUA